GCCAGCUCAAUCCCCAGAUUCCUUUUUCGUCUUCAUAAUCUCUUGAUUCUUACUAUCAAGUUCAAAACAUACCAUAAUCAUGCCCGUGGCAACCUUACACCUCCUCUCCCUGACAAAAUCCACCGAUCCCCAAUCCUUCCUCCACAAUCUCAAGCAAUCCCCAAACAUCAAAGUCAUCGUUGCCUCUCGUCCACGUCAUGUCGUAAUCCACCCAACAACACUCGACAAGAAUCCCCUUGCAACGAACUCGUGGGAUCUUUUAGUCCUCCUCACAACCACUCAAGCGGUCAACAAUGAGGACCCUAUUCCAUCCAACCUUCGCCAUUCAAUCACAGCCGAGUACAAACUAACAACCGGCAUCCCCUCCAAGCUCCUCUCAACCUACGCAGCCCGAAAUGCCCAACUCAAACAAAACGCAUUAUCAAUCCCCCUCACAGGUUCCCUCGACAAGAUCCUCCGCGAAGGAAGCAAGGAUUCCUCGCAGAACCUAGAAGUAUCGCCCCAGCUGCUGCAGUUCAUGACCGAGCUUACAAAAACGCACACCGGGCCCGUCACCAUGCUGAAUCUGUUGCAAUUCCACCAUCCCAAUGGUAAAAAGAGCUACUACCAGUAUGGGCAGGCAUUUAUCCCCGUUGCGGGGAAGCGCGGCGGUGAUGCAAAGUUAGUGGGUAAUGUGGUGGCGCCCGGAGAGGGCCAGUUGGAGGAUUCGAGAGGUUCGAGGGAGAGACCGCAGCAGGAGUGGUGGAAUGAGAUUUCGAUUGUGCAUUAUCCGUCGAUUCGCCAUUUUUGUGAUAUGUUGGCCGGGGAGGAUUACCAGGAGAUUAAUGAGAAGUAUCGGUUGUCGGCGCUUCGUGAUACAUUCUUGUUGUGUACGACUGAGUUUGAUGUAGAAGGGCUGGGGCCUUCGAAGCUGUGAUAUGGUGUGCAUUCAAACUACGCCACGAACUAGACUUCCUGGUAUGGAAGCGUAUUCAUAUGGAUAUGCACGAAACUAGACCGGCUAAAAAAUAAACGAAAAAAAAUGAAUUUGCUUGAUUAUUUGGGUAUCUGAAAUUAUUUGAGGAACAUGCGCUCUCUGAUUGAGGGCCAACAACGAAGCACGUGGUGAGUUAAUCAUGUCUGCCGUUUUUUUGGUCAGAGACGAGGGUCAUGCUUGACGACACUGUCGUUGGGUCGGUCCCAGGUUCGAAUGUGAC